AACUAUAAGUAUAAUACACUAUACGGUUUUUUGGUACUCAAAUAUAGCGUUAUUUAAAACCUUGAAUUUUAGUCACGUGACCAUCUAACGAGAAUCUUUCAUAGCAACUACAAAAUAGUGAGAGAAGCCGACAGCCAAAAGACUAAGGCUGUAUAUAUAUUUGUUGUUCGUUCCAAAAGGUUUCAACCAAGAUGAGUUCUAGUGGAGAGGAAGAAGAAGUAGGGCCGUCUGUUGAUUCCAAUGACCCAGAAGAAAGAAUUGCAGCCCGCAGACUAAGGAUUCAGAGGCGUCAUGAACUGGCAAGAAGAGCUGCAAUGGGAGAAGAUCCCAGUGCGAAGAAGGCAGUUAAAGAAGAAAUCAGUAAAAGUAGAAUACAAAUUGAACAGAGUAGACAGCGCCUGACAAAACUGCUUCAGGAUGGGACAGAACUUGUCACCAAUAUCCGUGUAGCAGGUGACAUGAGAGAGGGGGCCCGCAGGAUCGAGGAAGAAGAGGCACGAAGGCAAAGGAAAGACAAAUUAGAAGCUGAAAAUAAGGGAGGAACCGAAAGAUUUGAAGAGAUUAGUAAAAAAUGGGAGUCUGCCCUCCAGAAGGAAAUCCCCCAGGACCUGCAUGAGAUGCUGAAGCAGCAGCAGCAGAGGUGUAACGCCAUGAUAGACGAGAAGAACAAGCUGAUCAGCGAGUUCCAGCAGGAGCUGAAGGGAAAAGACGAGCAGUACGUGAAGGACCUGAAGAAACAGGCAGAGGAGAUUGACCUGAUGAUUGAGAGGAUGGAGGAACAGAUCAAGAAUCUCACCAAGGCUUACAGAGAGGAGCUCAACCAGAUUGAGAAAGCAUUUGUCACAGAACGCACAGAACUUCUAGAACUCCAGCGCAAAAAGUGGGACCACAUGAUGCAGCAGAGGCGCGACAAGGAGCUGGAGUACAUGAAGGCACGUGAAAAGCGUGUGGAAGACUACGAGCAGCAGCUGCAGCACCUGCGUGUCCAGGACGCGGAGGAGUAUAAUAGUGUAAAGAUUAAACUGGAAACAGAUGUGCAGCUCUUAGAGCAACAAAUACAGCUCAUGAGGGCCACCUUCCAACUUAACCAGGAAAAACUGGAGUAUAACUUCCAGGUCCUGAAAAAGAGGGACGAGGAAAACACCAUCACAAAGUCUCAACAGAAAAGGAAAAUUACCAGACUUCAAGAUGUCAUGAACACAUUGAGGAUUAAACUGGCCAAACAGGAGAAACAGUUUAGGGAUGAGAACUCUCAGCUGACAGAAGACUAUAAGAGGAUAACUGAACAGUUCAUGGAGUUACAGAAAAAGUCAAGACAUUUCAUCACAACAGACAACAAGAAGUUCACAGACAUCUGGAUAAUGAACGAGGCCGAGGCCAAAGAACUGGUGGAGAAGGUCUGCGAGCAAGACAGGACUGUCACAGAACACCAGCUGGGUCUGAGAUGGGACCAGCCUGAUCUUGAGUUCAUGGACAAUGUUGGCCCCAUACUAAGUGAACAGACCAAGAGACAACAGGUGUCAGCAACACAGGUGGUACAGGAAGUCAUGUCACAGACAGGAGGAGUCAGUGACCAGCCUGUGGCAGACCCAGUGGACAGACCGUACCGUCCUGAGCCAGGAGAAGAAGAAGAGGGCAGUGAGUACCACCAUGGCUCAAUGUUGAAGGAUCCGGCCACCAAGAGCGAGCAAGGCGAGACUGUGAAGAGCACCAUAACUCAGAAGUUCUCAGCUCAUACUAUUAAGAAAAUACUGGAGCUCCUGUGUGAUGAGUCGGGUUUCCUAGUUGAAAAUAAGUUGGUGAAACUCCUAGCACCACUGGAACAAGACGAGCAGUCCCUCAUGAAAUUAGAUGCUAUCUUUGCUGCCCUGGGAGUGGAAACAGAAGACGACAUCUACAGGCUGUCCAAUUUUUUCACCAAGUUCCGCCAGGCCACAGAGCGUGCUCAGAGCGGGCAAGGCAGCAGGAAACAGUCGGUGGAAGAGGUAGAGAGACAGGAUGGUGAACCAGAAAAGGAAGGUGAAGAAGGAACUCAGACAGAUGAGAUGGCCGAGGAUGCUGAAGUGGCUGAGGAGCUGCAGAAAGUGAUGGAGGAUGGGGAGGAGGUGGUGACCCCAAGGUCAGUGAAGAGUGAGGUCACGGAGCUGAUCCAUCCCAACGAUGUGUACAAGGCACUCAGGGUGUUUGUGGAGGAACAGUGGCAGCCAACAAAAGAAAAGUCUAAGCAGCCCCAAUUCAAGAUUGCAAAUACUGAAGACAGGGACGAUGCAGAUGACGCUGCCUACUGGAAAAAAUAUUGCUCCAUUCUUCCAGAGAAGACAGAGAGAAUGUGGGACGCUCUUCUGGAUGGGUUAGAAAUGUACAGUGACUGCCUACAGAGCCGAGCCAAGCUAAUCACGGAGACGGACGGUCUAAGACAACAGAACGCCGAGCUCCGCAUGCUGCUACACCAGUACGUAAACUCCAAGGUGAACGCGGAGCUAGAGAUCCCUCCCACCAGAGUGCUUAACCUGGAGUUUCAGCAGGCGUGAACAAGAGGGGGCCGCCCAGUGACGGUGGAGUCACGUGAUAAUCACGCUGCAGUCACGUGGUUGUCACAUGAUUCACACUAAGUGUGCUUUGCUGGAAAAAUCACGCAAGGAACUUUUUUUUAUGUUAUUUUUCUUUUAUAAUAUUUUGGCUGAAAAUUGUGUUGUAAAAGUGACCAUUUUAGUCCAGAAGUCUGAUGCUGAAAAGGAUUUAUUUGGGAUUCUUGAAAAAGAACAAGAAAAAAUCAGAAGUUUUUAAAAUUUAUCAAUUAUAUCUUUGAUCUCAGAAUAUCAAAGAUAUAAUUGAAAUUGUAUUCAAAGAUGAGGAAUCGAUGUUGAAAAAAAAAAAAGAAAGGGAACAGAAACGUGGCAUAAAGAAAUGUGACACAAAGGACUUCGUCCAGAUGAUUAUAAUAAAUAUUGCAAAUGAUGUGUAUAU